UCUCCUGGGAUAUUAUCGACGAAAUGCUCAAGGUCGCAGUUCUGUGCUUCGUGGCGGCGGUGGCUGCCGGGCUCCCGCAGCGGUAUGCGCCUCCUCCGGGCAGCGCGCCGGGAGGAAUCUCGAGCGCCUUCGGGCAGCCGGCAGGGCCUCCGCCCGGAAGUGCUCCCGGAGGCAUCGUGAGCUCCUUCCGCCCCCCCAGCCCUCCGUCGCCAGCCGGAGUGCCUCCAGGCAGUGCUCCCGGAGGCAUCGUGAGCUCCUUCCGCCCUCCGAGCCCGCCGCCGAGACCUUCGCCGGGAAGCGCUCCCGGCGGAAUUUCCUCCUCCUUCGGGGCCUCUGCGCCGCCCGUGCCUAUCCUCCAGGACGAACGCGAAGGACCUGACCAACUCGGAAAUUACAAGUUCAACUUCGAGACAGGCGAUGGGAUCAGCCGCUACGAGGAGGGAUCUCCCCAGGGGGAGACCGGCGCCGUGGCGUCGCAGGGAGGCUGGUCGUUUACCUUCCCUGAUGGAACGCCAGCCGUGUUCACGUUCGUCGCCGACGCGAAUGGCUUCCGCGUGGAGUCCGACCUGCUGCCCACGCCCCCUCCCCUCCCCCCGCACGCCAUCGCCCAGAUCGAGAAGGCUCGUCAGGAGGACGCCGCCGCCGCCGCUGCCUCCGGCGGCCGGCCCUCGCUCGUGCCGCAGCACCGCCCUGCCUACUCCAACUGAAAGGGGAGGCGCUCCACGAUUCAUUAGGAUGCUAGUUUCUUCUUUGUUUUACUUUCUGUUAUUCUGUAGUUAGUGGAUAGACUGAGUAAAGUAUUAUGGUAGAA